UUAGAAUCUCGUUUAACGGCUUCACAAAAUGGACCACUUAUUGGGAAUAACUUUGCAGGGUAGGGACAUGGGGACAUUGACAAAGGAAAGGGAGCUUGGAAUGUUUUCCGGGCAAUCGAGGCUGCCUUGCUAGUGAGCGACCUCCUCUAGGUCUUACCGCUUCCGCAUAUACCCAGGUAAUCUGCUUGCACUAACACCGUGCAUCGGAUAUUCGACGACCUUGUGCACUACAGUUACUUCAUAUUCUCACUAUUAGUUAGCCCCAUGAACGCAGUCGCUCAGCCAAUUACCUUGUUAGACAUACCAGCAUGGACGAGACGACAGACGGCUGACCUAGUCGGACUGCCUAACGAAUUACUCGACAACAUCGCCAACUAUCUUGAAGGCACUGAUCUAUUCAAGCUUCGAACGAUUAGGAAUCGCACGAUCUGUGAUGGCAUCGAUUACGCCUGGGUUAAACGUUUCUUUGCACGCAGACAAUGCAGAACGACCGACACAAGCAUCGCGCAUCUCGAAGCUAUAACCCGUUCCCAAUUCGCUAAUUGCAUCUAUUCUAUCGUUAUCGAGAUGCACCUGGUAAAUAUAUCGCUGGAAACUGAAAGACAGGAUACAGAGAGUCCAAGUGUCCCUACAAAAUCAUACCUCGAUGCGCACAGCUGGAGCAAGUCGGUAGGCUCGAAACUCGCCACCAUAUUCAAGAAUACUACGAACCUCAGCGAAAUUGGAAUUCGCAUGCCUCCAAAAGUUGGCUACCGUACCGAUGGGAUUCCUCAAUUCUGGUUGCCUGUUCAAGAAAGACUCCCGAGUCUAACUAACCAGUUAGAGGCUUCUGCGAAGCACCGCGUUUUCAAGCUUACAGCCGCCCGUGUAGUCUUCUGCUCUAUAAUAAAGGCUUUGCGAGACUCGAAAGAAAGGCUAGAGAACUUGACUAUCUUAGACUUCACGAGCGGUCCCGGGGAGCCACUCAUACCUCUAUCACCCCCCAUGCUCGAAGAUUUGGUCAGGGUACCGAGCGUUCAAAACUUGACGAGACUAGAGCUACUGCUGCAGAUGCUCACAGAAUCUCCCCACGAAGCCAUUCCAAGCAUAGUCAAGUUGAUCAAGGGAAAUACUAGGCUCUCUUCAUUGAGGCUAUGGGCGGGCCCAGGCGUACACUAUAGUUUCAUGACACCCUCAGGAGCCUGGUCUCCUCUUAUCAACGCUCUCGCGAUUCAACCUUCGUUUCGUCUGCAAGCCCUCGAUCUCGAUAGUCUCGUGUUAAGCGGUGACACGACCCUCGCUAGCAUAAUCCGGGCGCAUUCCCACACCCUUCGAUGUAUUACGUUAAAACACACCAACUUUCGCCGCCCAAACUCGCUCCGCGCAUUUUUUCUCGCCCUAGCCGACACAGAUCUUGAAUUAUUUGCCAUGAAAGACUUCCGGGUAUAUGGCAGGUGCUGGAUGACCACUGUCACCUUGUCCUACCAGUAUCGACUAGAUGCCGUCUUACAAUGGUCCGAUGCUGAAGGAGAUGGCAAAAACGAUGCAUAUCUGGAUUGGGCUGAUAUCACUUGGGAUGGAGGGAACCAUACAGAGUGGAUCAGAUAUGACAAUCAAGCUGGCACGCACAGCGGAUCUUGGAUGAAGGAUCAAAUGAAGGAUUUGAUCUUCAUGGCAGAAUGCUGUGGAAUUGAUAAUUGAGGCUGAUUUGAAUCUGAUUCACGGAGGAGACCAGCGUUAUUUCUGCGGCUGAUGCUGAGGGGGUGGAAACGCAGUGUGGCAUAGACUUUUCUUGCGCCACAGAAACUCUAUAAUAACACGCACUUAAAUUCCUCAAUCGUUAUAAUAUCAUUCCGGUGG